GACAGCUUCGUCCAUCGGAGCGCCCCCCGGAAGCUUUGGCGUUUAGAUACGAAUGUGUCAGUCGAUCGCUAUGAUCUGUCAGAGACCGUGAUUAUUACAAUUGCAUAUCAUUGUUGACAUCAAACGCGAAUGCAAGAUUUAUCAAAACCAUAAACUACAUACUUAUAAUCUAAUAUUGUGACGAAUUGAAUUUGUGCUACUUAGUAAGAGACCAAUUCUUUGAGCUGAUUCUACCGGGAACAUUGGUGAGUCUGCUAAAAAGAUCUCCGAAAAGUAAUCUCCGUCCCCAACAACCUCAAAGAAUUGAGGCAUCGGUAUGCAGGGAUCAUUUGAUCGUCAGACACGAUCGAAAUCACGAGCGGCCGCCAGUCGUUCUCAACCGACCCGCGGCGACGGUACACAUCUCGAAAUUCCGGAACCGAUUGCAGAAGUUUUUGAGCCCUCGGUGAUAGACGUUGAACACGGCGAUGAUAACGAUUGUGUCGAAUGUAGGAGACCCAACAGCGCUGAGUUGUACAUGGUACGAUGCGGAAAUUGCAAGCAUUGGUACCAUUUCUCGUGUGCGAAAGUGGAUACAGUUACGGCACAAUCUAGCGAUUUCGUUUGCGGUAAAUGCAAAGCAAAGGAUCCACCUCCUCCCGCCAGCUCGCGUACCGGGCGUUCGAGUGCUGCCAGUUCAAAAAGAGCUCAGAUUGCUCGGGAACUACAACGUUUGGAAGAAGAGAGGUUGCUUGUCGAAAAGGCAAUUGACGAAAAGUUGGAACGCGAGAAGGAGUUCUUGGCUCGGAAGCAUGAGCUGCUUCGCCAGCAGGACGAAGAGGUGUUUAGUAUACGGAGUAGCCGCAGCAGCCGAAGUCAAGCAAGCAGUAGGCAGAAAGUGGAAGCUUGGUUCAACAACCAAAUGUCCGAUUUACCCACCGUCGGGUCAAACCAAUCAAUUCUUCAACAGGUCCCAGCGACUGGACCUGCAGGGCCUGUUGGUUCGUCAACUCCUAUGGAAAUGAGCAGAGUGGCAGAGGUUGGUCUUCAGCGGGAUCAAGCUGGAACAACGGAAGUGGAGUCAGUUCCGCGUACCACCGACAGCAUUUCGAUUGGUGAGAGUUCUGUUGCCGAAGAUGAUUUCCAACAGCGAGGUCAGCAACAAAAUAUAGAACGGCCGGAAAGUGUCCCGAAUUUACCGUUAGUAAACAUUCAACCGUAUAUUCGUCUCCUCGAAGAAGUGAACCCUACAUGCUCGCUAGUUUCGAAUUUGAGAAAAACAGAUGCGUGUCCGAGGAUCGUGAAGAAGAUAGUGGGACCGUCUUUACCCUAA